AUGGUUACAUGAAUGUCUGCUCAGUAAUGCCAUUAUAAAUAAAUAUAUGUAUGUGGUCAUUAAUUUUAUUAUUGUAUUAAACCACUGUGAGAUUGCAUCUAGCACAUGGAUGAGUUUAUAAAUAUCUACAGCUAUGUGUAAAUAAGAAUAUAUCAAAAAAAUAUGCAAUGUGUUGACUCAUUUCUGAGUAGAUUUUGUGUACAUGUACAGUGCAGAUAAAUGACGAUACUAUUUCAUGUAAAUACUUUUUUAAUUAUUACAAAAAAAACAUAAUUAAAUAAAUAAGAUUAUUUAGCAUAAACAAAUGUCGAGCUCAGAGUUUAUCGCUACCGACACAAUUGAUGGUGUCUGGCCUUUUUUGCAAAGCAUCGAAUGGAAGGAUCCAUGGCUAGUAAUUUUAUUAGCGUUCCAUGUCGCUGUAACAAUGACUGCCCUGAUGACCAGAAAUCACGCAAACUUCCAGAUAAUAUUAUUCCUAAUACUCUUACUCUUAGUUUACUUCUCGGAAAGUAUAAACGAAGUUGCGGCCAGUAAAUGGAUGUUAUUUUCAAAACAGCAAUACUUCGACUCUAAUGGCCUUUUUAUAUCUAUAGUAUUUUCCGUACCAAUAUUGCUGAAUUGUAUGAUAAUGGUCGCAAGUUGGCUCUAUCAAUCCAGUCAAUUAACAACAAAUUUAAAACGAGCACAACUUCGGCAGCGGGCUAAAAUUCGUCAAAGUGGUGAUGCUACGUCUACCGUAACUAACAAGUCAAAAGACGAAUAAUUAUAAUAAAUCUAGUCAAAGUAAUUUAUUACUUAUCAAAAUAAUUGUUUAAUUGUUAGUGAUUAACAGUUAAUCGACAGCGAAUUAUACCAGGAAUUCAAAGUUAUUUAUGGAGUGUUAAUCAUCGAAAUUAUUCAUUUUUUAUAAUUUAAGCUUUUAUUUUAUAAAUAUUAAAAUACGGCUUUAAUUUUAAGUUGCGUUGUCUUAUUAUUAUUUUAAUUGAACAUAUAAAUAUGUACCUAUCAUUAAAGCUGGGCCGCACCUAACGAAAUCUCGAAUUCAAGAAUUCUAAUUAUUUAUUAAAUAAUUAUUAUAACAGCAAUUUUCUUAGCUUACGACUAAAAACAGAAGACGAACUUCCUCGGAAGAUUUUUAUCAUGGGAAACCCAUAAAUAUUCAAAACGUAAUUAGAAUUGUUAGUCGACAUUUCGUUAGGUACUGCCGAGCCUUAAUAAUACACUGUAAAAAAUCGGGAAUGAAUUUUGAGUAAUUAUGGAUUUUAUUUAAAUCCGAAUUCACUUCGUCACUCGAAGUUCUGGAGUUUUAGAAAAAAUCACUCCGCAUAUGAAGUAAAUAAGGAGUUUGUUUUUUCACCGGUGAUGUGGAUUUUGUUUAAAUCCGCCUUCACUCCGAUUCGGACUUUUAACAUUAAAAUAAACUCCCCUUUUUUCAAGAGGAUUAAAUAAAUACACAGUCAUCCACUCCGGAUUGAAUACGCGUUUACUCCGAAAAUUUUUUACAGUGUAAUAUAGGAAUGAAGAAAAAAAAACGUGUGACUUACUAGUUAUUAAUUGGCACUAAAAUCUAGUACGUAAAAUAACUUUGUACAUUUUUAUUGGGAUCGUUGAUGUGUAAUAUUUAUAAAAAAAAUCAUAGAUAAUCGUUAUUUGUGAUAUUUUUAAAAUUAAUUUAUUAAAUAUAUUUUAAAUUUUAGUACGGUACAUAUUUUUUGGUUUAAAUUUAUAUUUUCGAAAGAAAAUAUUACUUAGAUUAUUAAUUUGUUUUUAAUUUUACUUAUUUUGCAAUUGUAUUGAUUACAUUCCUAACAACAUUUUUUUUCAUUUAAAAAAUUGAAUUUUAAUAAUUAAUAGUAUUUAAUUAUUUAACUCAUGUCAGUCUGCGAUGAUUAAUUA